AUGACAGUCAAGGAUCUUGAAAAACCGCAGUCGGCUCAGAUGGAGGUCGCCCCCAAUGGGGACAGCCUAAGUUCUCAACCUGAGGGUGAUUACUCAGGGGCAGUUAGCAAAAGCAAUGCUGCUGAGAUCGCUCUGUGCCGCAAACUGGACAGACGGAUUCUCCCCAUUCUUUGGGCCAUGUACUACCUUAAUUAUCUGGACCGAAAUGCGAUUGCCCAAGCUAGGCUGAACAACCUGGAAGAUGACCUGGGGUUGGUGGGCAAUCAGUUCAAUGUGGCAGUCUCAAUCCUCUUUGUUGGUUAUCUUGUGAUGCAAGUUCCAUCGAAUAUGAUCAUGUCGAAAGCACAUUUUAAGCCGAGUUACUACAUGGCCAUUUGCAUGAUGGUUUGGGCUAUCGUUAGCGCAUGCACCGCUGCCGUCCACAAUUACAUCGGCUUGCUGAUGGUUCGAUUCUUCCUGGGUAUCACGGAAGCCCCGUACUAUCCAGGGGCCAUGUUUUUGCUCAGUGUGUUUUAUACGAGAAAAGAAAUCGCUACGAGGCUUUCGAUCCUAUACUCCGCCAACAUCCUCGCAACCGCCACUUCUGGUCUGAUUGCUGCAGCAACAUUCGAGACUCUCGACGGAGUUCGAGGCCUGUCGGGAUGGAGAUGGCUCUUCAUCAUAGAGGGCGCCGUUACUUUCGGGGUCGCACUGAUCAGCAUGUUCUUCCUGCCCGAUCAUCCAUUGACGACACGAUGGUUGACUCCAGAAGAGCGAGAGCUGGCACACGCCCGCAUUGCCCGAGACACAGUGGGAUUGGAAGCCAACAAAGGCGCUCGUGCAGGCUUCAUGCAGGCCGUGCGGGACCCCCGUCUGUGGCUGAUCACCUUCAUGCAAAACUGUCACUUGUCCGCAACGGGCUUCAACUCAUUCUUCCCCACGGUAGUGAAAACCCUAGGAUUCUCUCGCACGAUGACCCUGGUGCUUACCUGCCCUCCAUAUCUCGUCUCAGCUCUUGCCUGCGUGGUUACGGGCAUCAGCUCCGGAAAAUUCAACGAGCGCACGUGGCAUAUUACGGGCGGCAUGGUGGUAGCCAUGAUAGGCUUUAUAACCGCCAGCUGCACGAUGAAUGUUGCGGGCAGGUAUACGGCCUGCUUUUUGUUCGCCUCAGGUUGUUAUGCGGUCAACGCAGUCAUCUUGGGCUGGGUUACCGCAACUCUUGGCCAAACCAGCGAGAAGAAAGCUGCGGCAUUGUCAAUUGUCAACAUGUUUGGCAAUGCCUCGUUCAUCUAUACUCCAUACUUAUACCCCCAGUCAGAUGGACCGAAAUACUUGAUCGCGAUGUCUUCAAACACCGCAUUUUCCUUUGCUACGAUUGUGUGUGCGUGGAUCUUGAGAGUGUGGUUGAUGAGGACCAACUCCAAGAUCAGGAAGAGCGAUGCGACUAAUAAAGUGUUCUACGCGUACUAG